AUGUCAUCAUCUGGUUUUAAUCCCGGUGGUGGUGAAUCAUCGGAGUAUCUCACCGGCAGACCAACAAACACCAUCAACAACCUUAUCACAACAACCCCUUCCCUCAACAUCAACAACCUUAAUCAUCCAUCUCUUUACCGAACCCAACACCACCACCAACAACAACUUCCUCCAAUUUUUCUAGAUCCUUCCUCACAGAUCCCUCAACAUCGCAUCAUCGGAAAACGCACCUUAGCUGAAUUCCAAACCCAACAAAACCAAACCUACAACCACAACCUUAACCUUAACAACAACAACCUUAACAACUACAACAAUCACAAUCAUCACAAUCAUGUUCUUUCAAAUCUUUUACUUCGCUCCGUAAAACCAAGAACAGGUUUGCAGUUUCAAAAAAAUAACCCUUUGUCUUUCUCUGUUCCUGAAUUACAAAACCCUUCAUCUCUCAAUAACUACCCAACAACGCAGCGUUUAGGAGUUCCGAUACUUCACCAAUUUCGCUCUCAACCUCAACCACAACCUCUACCACAAAAUCAACAUCAACCAAUUAACCCAAAUUUCCAAUACCGAAACUCGAAUUUAGGUCAAGUGAUGAACCCGGUUCAAACCACCGAACCAGAGAAAAAGAUCAACGACGAUCAGAAGAUUCUUCAAGAAUUAGAAAAACAGCUUCUUGAAGAUGAUGAUGAAUGUGAAGAAGCCGGUGCUUCGGUUAUUACAAGUGAAUGGACAGAGACUUACCAGAACCUACUAAGUGGGCCUGGUGGGCCAGAUGGGCCGUGUGGGCCUCCUCUAGCCCAGAAACCUUCUUCAUCAUCUCCAACCACAUCCACCACGUCAUCAACUUCUACAGCGGCUUCUUCGCAUGCAUCUCUUUGUUCUAGACAAACCCUAAUUGAAGCGGCAUCUGCAAUUUCAGAAGGUAAAAACGAUGUCGCUUUAGAGAUCUUAACACGCUUAGUUUCGAAUUCGAAUCCCAAUGGAAAUUCGGAUCAACGGUUAACCAAUUGCAUGGUUUCCGCUCUGAAAUCGAGGAUGAAUCCAUUUGAAAAUUCCUCUCGUGUUGCAGAACUCUUCGGGAGAGAACAUGCAGAGUCGAUUCAGAGCUUUCUUGAAAGCUCGGUUUGUUUCAAGGUGAGUUACAUGGCUGCGAAUCUAGCGAUUUUGGAAUCUGCAUUUGAAGAAAAUGGAAAAGGUUUCUGUGUGGUAGAUUUCGAAAUUGGACAGGGAAAACAGUACGUGAAUCUCCUGCACGCGCUUAACGCGCGUGAUAUUACUCUGGCGCCAGGUUUUACUGUUAAGCUAAUCGCCGUGGCUGAGAACGGCGGUGACGAGACUCUUAAAGCUGUUGGCGAGAUGCUGACUCGUCAAGCGGAGAGGUUGAGAAUCGGGUUCGAAUUUCGUCUUGUUUCUGUUUCUCAGAGACAAGUCACUGAGCUGAGUCGCGAGUUGUUAGGUUGUGCAUCGGAGGAAAUUCUUGUUGUGAAUUUCGCGUUUAAGCUGCAUCGAAUUCCAGACGAAAGCGUUUCCACUGAGAAUCCCCGCGACGAGCUUUUGCGGCGCGUGAAGAAACUCUCCCCGCGCGUGGUAACUGUUGUGGAGCAAGAAAUGAACUGUAAUACGGCGCCGUUUUUGGCUCGAGUUGCUGAGUCAUGGUCUUAUUAUUCUGCUUUAUAUGACUCGGUUGAGACUGUGUUAGGAAAGGAUCACCCGGAUCGAGUCAAGAUCGAAGAAGGACUGAGUCGGAAGAUAAGCAACUCGGUGGCUUGUGAAGGUAGAGACCGUGUUGAACGGUUUGAGGUAUUCGGAAAAUGGCGGGCGCGUAUGAGUAUGGCGGGGUUUAUGUUGAAACCAAUGAGUCAAAGCGUUGCUGAGUCAAUAAAAUCGCGUCUCGCUGGAGGCAAUAACAACCGAGUCAACACGGGACUCACUGUGAAAGAAGAGAACGGUGGGAUUUGCUUUGGUUGGAUGGGAAGAACACUCACCGUCGCUUCUGCUUGGCGUUAA